AUGGAGGGCGAUGUCGACGGUAUAAUGGAAUGUCCACGAGGGAAUGAUGACCAGUCGCAACGAGCACGGGAGAAAUGGGACGCUUGGAAACAGCAGAACGGCCUCUCCCGCACCGAAGCCAAACGCCGCUACAUCACCACCCUCAUCGACACCAUGCACAAGUACGCCUCGCCCUCACCCGACUCCCGAGAACUAGUCGCCGAGCUAGAAUUCGUCUGGGACCAAGUCAAAUCCAACGUGCCGUCCUCCUCCUCCUCCUCGCCGCUACGUACCUCCGACCACAUAACCCCCGGCUACUCCCAGCACGAACUCGGCCAGAGCGGCCGCGCAGCCAUGAACAGCAGCAACGAAAUGGACGGCCCUCGAGACGAACCUGAACGCCGCGCCGUGCCCCUCCGCGUAAAAUCACCAAUGUCGCAAUCCGAAGAAGAGCUCGAGGAAGAAGAAGCGGAAAUCGAGCGUGAAGGCGAGGUCUUCGUCGACGCCCCAGACAGCCAAUAUAACCCCACAUCCUACCCCGACGACGACGACAACGCCCCCGACCUCGAAGACGCAGGCGUACAAACCGAUUUACAGCAGUUGAUCCGCGCAGAACCAAUACCUAUACAGACGCCCACUCCCGCGCCACGGAAUCGCGGCAUGGGUGUGUUGGGCAAACCGAUUCAGAUGCCUAUACCCGGUUUCGGCAGCACACCUGCCCCCGCUGUUGGAAACGGUGCCGCAGCAGCAGCGAAAGACAGCUCCCCGAAAGAAUCAGUCGCAGACCAGAAAUGGCGGAAACGCGUUGAGCAAUCGCUCAUGAAGAUGACGGCGGAAGUCGCGGCACUACGCGAACAAUUAGAAGCAAGAAGGCUGUUUGCACAUUCAGUGCACUAUCAGCUCUUUCGGGGCGUGUGGAGAUGGGUGUGGGCGUGCUUCAAGCAUGUUGCUGUUGAUGUGUUUAUAUUGGGUAUAGUGCUGUUGUGGAUGCGGCGGAAGAAGGAUAAGAGGCUGGAAGGGGCGAUACGGGUGCUGCUGGGGGAUGCGGUGGCGCAGAUGCAGAGGGGUGGGGGGAUGGUGUUUGGAAGGGUUAGGUUACCGCUUUUAGGAGGGGGGAAGAAAGGGGGGACGGGGACGGGGACGGGGACGUGA